UUGGGAGGGAGUCGUAUCGCCUCCUGAGCGGUGUGCGUUUGUAGGGCGUGGCUGUGCCUCACAGUGGCCGUUAUUAAAGUUUUUUUUUAAGAAAACGUGUAAUUAUUCUAGCGGUGAGCGCUAUAUGUUGUUUAGUGCCCGUGUUUACUGUAAACUGCUCUGGACGUUUAAAUAAUUAAGGAGUAUUAUUGAUAUUUAUGUCGUGUUCCGUUUUAAAUGAGUUUUUUAGUUUGCGUAAAUGUUGUAAAGAUUGGUUAUAAUAAUACAUACAAAAUAAUACAACUGCUGAUCCCGGAGCACUUGUCUGGUCUGUCCCCCUCCAUUCGGAGUGCUCCUCCAUCACCAGCAUGUCCGCGAUGAGGCUUUUCGGCCUAGGCGCGCUCGCCGUGCUCCUCGGACUGGACUGCCUGGCCAGGCUGCUGCGGUGGAGGCGCGGCGGCCCCCGUGCUCUACUGAAGGAGGUCCUCUUCUUCCCCGUCGACGUCACCUGCGUGGAGCACCUAUUUCGGCCGGGCGAGGCGCUCCCCAACUCCUGCCCUUGCCCCCUCCCCCACGGCCAGGAGACCUCCUUCACCCGCCUCCUGAGGCACCUCCUGUCUGCCAACACUUCCCUGGACCUGUGCAUCUUUGCCUUCUCCAACCAGUCACUCAGUCGGGCCGUGUUGCUGCUGCAGGCCAGGGGGGUCGUGGUGCGCGUCAUCACCGAUAAGAACUACAUGGCCAUCAGCGGCUCCCAGAUCAGCGCCCUCCGCAGGGCAGGAGUCAACGUGAGGCACGAGAUGGGGGCCGUGUACAUGCACCACAAGUUUGCGGUGCUGGACGGCCGGCUGCUGAUCUCCGGCUCCCUCAACUGGACCACGACGGCCAUACAGUGCAACAAGGAGAACAUGCUGGUAACGGAGGAGCCUGAUCUGGUGCAGCCCUUCAUCAGGGAAUUCCAGCGGCUGUGGGACUCCAAUGACCCCGCCCGGCAUUGUCCCCAUGGCUGAACCUGUUUACAUACUUAUCGCACUGCCUCGCAUUACACGUCAUGUUUAUAAAACAUAAAAGCUAUAAUAUGUUGUUUUAUUUUUAUUGUUGCUAAUUCUUUUAUUAUUAUUCUCAUCCUUUUGCUUCAUCCCCAAAUUCUCUAUUCAAAGCCUUUGUUCCCUGUGUGCCUGUUUAAAAUUGUUUAUUUGGAAGAAUAAAGUGAUUAUGGGUGAGCAGAACCCGGCUUUUGCUUGAAUGCAUGUGCCAGAUGGGCGCAGAGUGUAUUGAUUCCCCGCCCCCCCCAAUCAGAACCGGAGGAAACCAGUGAGCGGGAGGAACGAUGCGGAUACGAGGGGAUGCAUUAGAGAUUGGUGCAGAGCGUUUGGGGGGGGUGCUGUAACGGCGCAGUAAUCCUGGUUUCUGCUGCAGUCUGCCAGGCCUCCCUUUCAGUGCCUGGAGCAGCACUUCCAUCAGGCGGAACACGAUUUAUGGACGAGUCGACAUGGCGGAGGGCAGCCCUUUGAGAUCACGCGACAUCUGUGGAUCUGGAGUCUGUCGUUCCUCCCUGUCAGGCGGCCCUGGGGACUAAGGAUGGCCCUGCUGCUAUUGGAAACAGAAUCAGAGAUCAGAGCCCAGAACAAUAUCCUCAGAUGUGUGGUGGGUGUGAGGUCGCCACCUGCUACAGUGUCAGCUAGCGGUGCUCAUGUUGUCACCUUCCUAAACUUCUGAUUGGUCGAUAUGAGGUUUUUGGCUGAUAACCUCGGGUACGUUUUGCCCCUGAUCUUCACGGAGUUUUCCCUGCACUCCC